CUUAACUACUACCCCGUAGUUUAACCAACAAUUCGUUCUGUCUUACACUACAAUCACCUCCUUCUCUCUCAGGAGGCUCAUCCUCUUGUCCGAAAUCCACUCUACUGCACCCUUAAAUCUCGCCCUACGUCUGCAUACUCCCUCCGCUUCCCCUUGCAUUUCCGAUCGCGGUCCUUCGCUCCCUUCCUUGCCUUAACCGUUCUACUUGUCCGCUUCUGCGCCGACAGCUCCCGGGGUGGAUCCCAGCCCGUCAAAAGUGGACGAUAGUACGUGUAUCCUUCUUGCAGCUAGCACUCCUUUCGUUGCCACGGGUUCUUCACAGUCCUGUCUUAUCUUUCUUGUAAUCAUUACUGCUCUGUUCAAGGGCUUCAUCGUAUCUCCCCUACCUCCGCCCUGGAAUCACUGCGCCGCUCUUUUUCGCCAUGGCGCAAUACUUCUUCGACCUAUUGUACAGUUUCACCGAUUGCAUGUGCUGUUUUCCUAGCACGCCCCAAUUGAAGAUCAACAGUCGCAGCUUCAAAUUGCUCCGGCUGUUGGGUGAAGGUGGUUUCUCCUAUGUUUACCUCGUUCAAGACAAAGCGACCUCGGAACUGUUUGCGCUCAAGAAGAUUCGAUGCCCCUUCGGUCAAGAAUCGGUCUCUCAAGCCCUCAAGGAGGUUGAGGCCUACAACCUGUUCACAUCACAUAACAAUAUCAUUCAUUCCAUUGAUCACUGUGUUUCGACCGAACCCGGUUCGAAAUUCCGCUCCGACGGGGGCGAACCCGGCUCGAAGACCGUUUACAUCCUUCUCCCAUACUACCAACGCGGAAACCUUCAGGAUGCGAUCAAUGCCAAUCUCGUCAAUCACUCCCGUUUUCCGGAGAAAAGACUGAUGGAGCUGGUGCUGGGAGUCGCCCAGGCCCUGCGCGCCAUGCACCAAUAUCGCGUCAAGAGCGGCUCGGGGCCUACCCGCAAAGCGAAGGCUGUCCGGAGGGAGGGAGCCGAGGCCGACGCAGACGCUGCUGUACGCAAGGCAAAAUCCAAACGGCGAGCAAGUCAGAACCUGGAUGAUGACGAGGAGGAAAACGAGCCCCUGAUGGAUGAUGAGGUAACAAGGAGCCAGGAAGGCGUGCAGGAGGGUGACCUUCGUCCGUACGCGCACAGAGACAUCAAGCCGGGGAACAUCAUGAUCGCAGACGAUGGCCGUACGCCCAUUCUGAUGGACUUGGGGUCACUGGCACCCAGUCCGAUCGCUAUAACCUCCCGCUCACUCGCGCUGGCUGUCCAGGACACUGCGGCGGAACACAGCACCAUGCCAUACCGGGCUCCCGAGCUGUUCGACGUCAAGACAGGAUCCAUCAUCGAUACCAAAGUGGACAUCUGGUCUCUUGGGUGCACACUCUACGCCUGUCUGGUGGGCAAGAGCCCUUUCGAAGCUCGCAGUGAAGAGACCGGCGGUAGCCUGAGCAUGUGUGUACUAGGUGGAGACUGGCGCUUCCCCGACGAGAAAUCCAGCGCCACCAAAGGGAAAGGCAAAGCCGGCGACAACAGCAACAACCGCGACAAUGGCCUGGCGAUCAGCGAGCCUGUGAAGGAAGUUGUGCGCAAAUGCCUACAAGUGGAACCAGCAGAUCGACCGGACAUUGAUGAAUUGAUUCAGAUCAUACAGGAUCUGGAUAGAAAUGCCAUCCCUGGCACAGUGACCCUAGUGGAUCUGCAACAUGUCCUGGCUACCCGCCACUUGGACAAGGGCGACAGCGACAUCGUCCUGAUCCCAGAGCCUUCGGAUGAUCCUGAUGAUCCGUUGAACUGGGCGCCUCGGCGGAAAUUGCUGUCGACAAUUUCAUGUUCAGUGGUAUAUUCGGUGCUCACCCAGCUCUCAGAUGCGACUGGAGUCUCUGUCACGACUCUGAAUGAGGGGACUGGAUAUAUGUUUCUGUUCGCGGGCUGGGGACUCCUCUUCUGGCAGCCCUUGGCUUUACAAUAUGGCAAACGCUUGACAUAUAUCGCCUCACUGGUGGGAAUUCUGGUAUGUUCUUACCCUUACAUCCACACCAACGGCCAGUGGAUUGCGCGGAGUAUCAUAUCGGGCUUCUUUACUGCCCCGAUCGAAGCGCUUCCGGAAGUCACUGUUACGGAUGUGUAUUUCACCCACGAACGAGGCACUUAUAUGGCUCUAUAUGCAUUCUUCCUGGCGGGGAGCAACUAUUUCGCACCAGUGAUCUGCGGCUUCAUUGCGGAGUAUCAAGGCUGGCAAUGGGUGUUCUACUGGCCGAGCAUCUUCUGUGGCUUUGCCAUUGUUUUUCUGUUUUUCUUUAUGGAAGAGACGAAUUACGUGCGCGAGCAUCGAGCCACUCCCGAGUCGCGACUGACCUCCUCUACCCGCACAUCCGAGCAGACCGAGAAAGAAAAGGCUCCUUCUGGCAUAGUGCAGCAAACAGAUACCGAGUGUGGAGUCAUGUAUAAGAAGAAGAGCUAUUAUCAGAAGCUCUCGCUGCUGGGUCCGCGACUGCCCAGGAACAACAUGUUUCGACGGCUGUGGCAGACGUUAUACUAUCUGAGCUGGCCGGUGAUCUUCUACGCCGGCUCCCUUUUGACCGGUCGAUUUAGCGACUGGCUCACCGUUCGACUGGCUCGGCGCAACAACGGCAUCAUGGAAGCUGAGCAGCGGUUGUGGCCGUUCGCUAUCUGCUUGGUGCUGGUCCCUGGCUCGCUGCUGCUCUGGGGGGUGGGGGCCGCGCACCAAGUCCACUGGUUUGGUCUGAUCGUGGCCAUGUGUCUUCUUGCCAUGGCCAACACGUGUGGCAUUACACUGAGCGUGAAUUACCUGGUGGACAGCUACCGCGAGCUGAGUGGCGAUGCCAUGGCGACGGUGAUUCUGGUUCGGAACACGAUGUCGUUUGCCAUCGGAUACGGCAUUACACCGUGGGUCGACAACCUGGGCUACCAGAACUGCUUCAUCUCGGCCGCCUUUGUGGGCUUAGCCUGCGCCGCGGUGUUCUUGGUGAUGAUCAAAUGGGGGAAGAUGUUCCGGGAGCGCAGCCGCGAGAAAUACUGGGACAUUGUGGUGGAGAACCAGACGAAGGGGAUGGGUCAUUGAUUGUGCGUUUACACUUGCAGUAAACAGUAACUUAUACAAACUUAGUUUCAGAUACUUAGUGG